AUGACGAUCACGAUGACAUCUUACAUGGUUCUUUUCUUAGCCGCCUUGUCGACUGCGCGACCCCUUCAACGACGAGAAGUUCCUCAGGAGCACUCCCAUCAAAAGUUUCUUACGACCGUGGCAGCCUCCCUUGCCCUCAACAACCCUGACAAGAUCGUUGACCCGGUCUUUGGUCUUCUAGGAAAUGCUGCCGCUGCCGCAGGUGCUGGCUCAGUCACUGACCUCAACUGCCUCCAACAAGCAGUAGCCGACCAGGCUUUCACCAACGCCAAAGCCGCCGGAGAUGUAAAUGGUAUGACAGCAGCUUUGGUCUACCGUACCCUUGAACGUAACACUGGUGCUGUCGGUACUGCCAGCGCUCUUUGUACCUCCGUCACAGCCGUGAACCCGGAAAUCGCUGCUCUACAACAGCACCAGGACCCCGCCUCCACCGGCGCUGCAGCAACUAAUAAGAAAAUUGCUCUAGAGCUGGCUACCCAGAUUGCUUCCAUUGGUGGCGAUCCAACUACCGCCAUUGAAAGCGGUACCUUCGCUCCGGGUACAAUUGGUGACCCAACUGCCAAAGGAAAAUCAUGUGACGACCAGAACGAUCCCACUGGCUGUAUCUUCACCCAGAAUCUUCUUGUCGCAGAUGUUACCGCGGAUGAGAUCAAUGCUGCCCUGGCCUCUGCCGGUGUCAGCGGAUCUGCCACUGCAGCCGCUUCCGCAACUGCCACUGCCGCAGCAGCAUCAUCUACGGUGGUAGCAGCAGCAGCCACAGCUACAUCAACAGCAUCGACUGAAACAUGUUCUGGCUCGACUGCUGUAGUUUCAGACUCCGGAUCGACAAACACUACCUCUACCAGUGCAACUAGCACCACCAGCACCUCGACCACAACCGCUAGCACAAGCAGCCUUGACCUUGGAUCUUGCAGCGGCUCAUCACCUUUCAUCGUCUUUGGUGCCGGUUUCGAUGGCCGUAACACCGAUUCUUUUGAACCUGCUGACAAGACAACUUUCAACCAUGGAUCUGCUCUCGGUAUCGCAGUCGUGGCUGACUUUAUUUGUGGCCAGCUGAACAGCCCUUGUAAUGCACCACAGUCGACUAUCGAUAAAUGCAACAGUGCUGCCUCAGCAGCGUCGUCAUUGUCAGGACAGGCGGCCGCCGAUUCCUUCAACUCGGCAUUGGCAUAA